AUGUCCGACAGCUCCGUUAUUGGUGUUGUCCUUAUUGCCAGACAUGGCGAUAGGUUGGAGCACUUCGAGGAUCCCUAUACCUUCGCGGUGUCUGCCGCUACCAUAACUCCUCUUGGGGAGCAACAAGAGUGGCAGUUGGGCAACUUCUUGCGUUCAACUUACCUCGACCCUACCUCGCCAUCGUACAUACAGGGAAUCGCGCCUUCGACUUCUAUCUUCAAUGGUAGUCAGGUCGCUGUGUAUGCGGACAAUGACUUUCCCGUCGAUGAUGUCGUCAUGGACAGCGCUGCAGCACUCGUCCAAGGUCUUUGGCAGCCCACGCCGCUCCAGAACAUCACCCUCGCCAAUGGGACGACUAUCACGAAUCCGCUCGAUGGCUAUCAGUAUGUUCCUAUCAACGGAAUCAAUCCUGACCUGGAAUUUUAUCUCGAAGGAAGUACUGAUUGCACUAAUUUCCUCAGCCGGGCUAGCGAGCUCUAUAAUUCUACGCUCUUUGAAGAGGUGUCCGAGGAGGCUGCGCCCUUCUUUGACGAACUGCCACCUUAUGUCGGCAACCGGUCCAUUGAACUGCAGAACGCGUGGAACAUCUAUGAUUACAUGAACGUUCAAUAUGUCCACAACGCAACGUAUGCCGCAAGCCUUCCUCCGACUUUCCUAGAGCAGGCACGUGGUCUUGCCAACUGGGAGCAAUAUCAAGUGUUCAGUGAUCCUACAUUCGGCGGCAUUGGGGAUAUUGCAUUCACGUCUAUGAUCCCGGCUGUCAUCGAUUCAUUCAACGCCUUCACGAACACUUCCAACGGACUCUUGCUGAGUUACUAUGCCGUCAACUACAGGCCCUUCCUCAGUUUGUUCAACAUGACCGGAGUGGUCGCCGAUGGCUCAGUUCCCGAGGCAUUCGUCAACCUCGCCGCAGCCGUGGUGCUCGAGCUCCGCAACUCGUCCUCGUCGUCCGAACCCGUCAUCCGCUUCCAGUUCAAGAACGGCACGGACGACGCCGAGCUGCACACGCUGCCGCUGGUGUUUGGCGACUGGAACGGCACCGUGUCCGGAACGGACGUUCCGCUGUCGACCUUCGUCGCGGCCUUCCAGCCUGUCGGCAUCAACAACACCCUCGAAUGGUGCCAGGUCUGCGGACAGACAACUGAGCGUGGCUGCGACGUUGCGCUCGCCGCUGCGAGCGCCGGCGUCACUGACUCGGUGUACCUCGCUCUCAACUCGAGCUCGAGCCCGGCUGCCGUUACCAUUGUAAUGGCGCAUGAGCGUAUCACCCCGUUGGCGGCGGGCUUCCUCGGUGCAGGGCUGACUGCCGCUGUGUUCCUGCUCGUCUUGGCAGGUUUGCUAUUCUCUUGGGGACGCGGGAAGAAGGAUAGGAAGGUGCCCGCUGAUGCAGUCAUCCACUUCGACGAUCACGUCAGGGAGUACGUUGACGAGAAGCAGCCUUCGUUCUGA